AUGGUCCGCCAACUUGCCGUGAUCGCCGCCUUGGCCACCGUUGCAGCGGCUGGAAUCCUCAGCGACUGCACCAAUAUUGACUUCCGCGAGAAAUGGCUGGUGGCCGACUGCCUCACGGGCAAGGAUGCCUCGACACGCAUAAACAGCGCCGUGUUCAUUGGAAACAAGCUGACCAACAAUGACGGCAAUCUACAGUGGCAAGCGAAUGGCGGCUAUGCCACCUACUGCCGCGAUUGCACGUUUGCCGGCACCACAUACACCUGCAGCUGCCGUCCCAACUUUGGCCAGUACAAGUGGACAAGUAUCAAUCUCGAGGAACACAUCGCCAACUACAACGGCUUCCUCCUCUCCAACCUCACCGGCCCCGCCCGCACCCCCUCUCGUGCCAGCACAGUCCCCGUCCCGGCCUCCUUCUCCUACGAUCUGCGUUACGCCGCGACAAACUGCACCUCCCCCGAGGACUACUACGAAUGCAACGACGACCUCCCCCUCGCUCAGCCGGGGGACUGCGCCAACGGCGGCGGCCUCUCGCUCAACUACGCCGUCGACUGCUUCAAGAACCGCUGGUACUUCCCCUGGGAGGUGUACACGACGUUCCAGAGCCUGCAGCCGGGCGCCGCGGUGAGCGGCGCGUGGGAGUUCACCGUGUUCGGGGACCUGGAGUGCAGUGGUGCGCCGCUGGGCAAGGCGCCAGAGGGGGCGUGCAGCAAGUUUGCCGAGUUUGGCGUCGGCGUCAGGGUCGAGCCGCUGUUCAACGGGGACUGGCGUGUCUAGGUGUGGCGGCACUUGGCGUUGCAGCGCUGUUGCGGAGGGAUUGUCGUGUCGUUGAAGAAGAGGUUGGGUUUGGGUCCUGGUGCUAUCUUGAUGGUGGACUGCCGCGGAAGGUUUGGGACCGAGAGACACCGGUGUUUGACCGUUACUCCAUGCCGAAGUCGAGCUUGGCUCGGGCCAUUAUCCACGCCUUGAAGAAAUGUUGUGUCCAAAUGAAUUUGUGAUGUGUUACAUGAUGCUUCACAUGCCACUUGAGGCAAAGUGAAUGUGUUCGGAUGGUGUUGCCGCGCCCGCGAACAUUAAGCAUGGUGUACCUCCUGCACGAGCAUCGAGAGACAUGAG